CUUAACUUAGCCCAAUCUUCUCAUUCAAAUAAGUGUCAUGUCGUUUAUAGUUAAUUUCUCUUUCCUACUCAUUCAUUUCUCUUGAGCCACGACAAAAGUGUCAUGUCGUUUAUAGUUAAUUUAUCUUUCUUACGUACCACUCACUCAUUGGUCUACCAUCAACUUUCCUCUCUCUCUCUCUCUUCUUUCUCUCUCUACAGUGCUCUUCUUGAUUCGUUGCUUUCUCCACCAACAAAUUUCCAUUCAAGUUAAACAAAAGAAAAUUACCUUUCACUUUCUCACUCUUUCUCUGCAACUUUCUCAUCACUCUUAACACCUCACUCCAACAAACAAACCCAUUCAAAGCUUCUAUCUUUUUCAUACACACAAUAAAAAACACCAAAAAAGAACAAAGAAAUUUACCUCAUUUUUCAGUUAAAUUAAAAAUCCUUCCCAAAAAAGAAACCCUUUACUCUUUCUAGGGUUUUGCGUUGAAAUUCUAAAUUUUCAAAACCAAGUUAAUUUUUUUUUAUCAUCUUUUCUUCCAAUUCAGUGUUUGAAAACACGAAACUUUGAAUUGGGUAUUCGGCAUUGAAAUCCAAGAGAGUUUGAGAAGAAAAUUGUAUAAUCUAGGGUUUGAAUUUUGCAAUGUCGGGUCCACCGAGAGUUCGAUCCAUGAAUGUUACCGUCGGUGAUCAUGAGUCACGGCCGGUGCUUGUUCCCGCCGGAAACAAGGUGCGUCUCUUCAAGGUGGUUAAGAAACCGGCGCCGGAAACUAAGAAGGCUUCGGAGGUGGUUAUGAAUCCGCAAUGUGUGGUGGUUACGCCGGAGAUUUCGAAGCGACGGGAUCAUUGCCAUCAGGCAGUGGUGAAGAAUGUGUCGAUGAAUGCUUCGUGUUCUUCGGAUGCUUCAUCAACGGAUUCUUCGACUUAUAGUAGUGGCGCUUCGUCGAGCGGGAAGGUGGCGCUGGCGCGGCACUUGAGGAAGAAACCGAUUGGUUCAAAGAUUGGGAAGUUGGGUACUGAUGCUGUGGUUGCUCCUGUUGAGGUAGAUUCGAGUGAUGGCUUGGAGGGCAAGAAAAGGUGUACUUGGGUUACACCAAAUACAGAACCAUGUUAUAUUGCUUUUCAUGACAAAGAGUGGGGAGUUCCUAUUCACGGCGACAAGAAACUGUUUGAGUUACUCAGCUUCUCUGGAGCCUUGGCGGAACUGUCGUGGCCCACCAUUCUUGGCAAAAGACAGUUAUUUCGGGAAGUAUUUUUGGAUUUUGAUCCAUGUGCGGUUUCAAGAAUGAACGAGAAAAAGAUAGUUGCACCUGGAAGUCCUGCCAACUCAUUGCUGUCGGAGCUCAGGCUGCGGUCCAUAAUUGAAAAUGCACGCCAGAUGUGUAAGGUAAUAGAAGAGUUUGGGUCUUUUGACAACUACAUUUGGAACUUUGUGAACAAUAAGCCUAUAGUCAGCCAAUUCAGGUACCCACGUCAGGUACCUGCCAAAUCUCCAAAAGCAGAAUUCAUUAGUAAAGACCUCGUAAGGAGAGGAUUCAGAAGCGUGGGACCGACAGUCAUCUACACUUUCAUGCAAGUGGCCGGGCUAACGAAUGAUCACCUUAUCAGUUGCUUCAGAUUCAAGGAGUGUAUCUUCUCCAAUGCAGAAGGAGAAGGCAAAGAGAGCGGCUCCGUCAACUCUAAGGUCAAAGAGAAGAGAAAUGAGGAUCCAACCAAUGUGGAUUUGUUGCUAGCCGUGAACAAGUUGAGCUUCUCCUCUUAAGAAGCGGAUUCCCCGUAGUCAGUGGUCACUAUAGUCGAUGAUCUCAACUGUUGAUCAAGAUUAUAUAGUUGAGAUUCUUAGCUUCUGAUUUUUACAAGUCACGAAGUGAGCUGCUUGAUCUCUAUCCAACAGGAAAUUUCGACGGCAGGGAAUCAUGGACCCUCCACUUAGUAGUACUAUGGCUUUGGUUAAAUGGCCUUGUUGUUAAUCGGGUAGUUGUUAGGGAAGAUGGGUAGGUUGUGUGUGUACAAAAUCCAUACAGAUAUUGAUGAAUGAAAUAGGCAGUAGAAAGUUGUAUUUGAAAAGCAAAGUGAAUUUGGCAAUUAUUCAUGUUCUUGUGUAUUGAAAGAUAUGAUGCAAAAUAGUCUUAGUUGUUGAAUUUCUUCUCUA